AUGGCUCCAUACAAUGUUCGGUGGGGUAUCUUGGCCACUGGUGGAAUCGCAGACGCCUUUGUCCGCGACCUCCUCCUCGACCCCGCGGCCCGCUCGGCCUCCGACGUCUCCCACACAGUCGUAGCAGUGUCGUCUUCGUCCUCCGCUUCUCGCGCAGAGAAAUUUAUCGCGGACACCGGGAUUCCAUCUCCCUGCGCCGCGUACGGCUCCUACGAGGCUCUCGCGGCUGACCCCAACGUUGAUGUCGUCUAUGUUGCAACCCCACACUCGCACCACUUCCAGAAUGUCAUGCUUAUCCUGGAAGCAGGGAAGCAUGUUCUCUGUGAGAAGGCAUUUACAGUGAAUGCUCAACAAACAAGGAUCCUUGUUGAGACGGCGCGGAAGAAGAACCUGUUCCUCAUGGAGGCUGUGUGGACAAGGUAUUUCCCGCUGAGUAUUGAGAUCAGGGACUUGAUCAAGGCUGGCGCCGUUGGCGAAGUUCUGCGAGUGAGCGCAGAUAACAGCUUUGGUGGCGUGGAGAGGUUUAGCACUGAGCAUCGAAUGGUUAAUAAGGAUUUAGCUGGGGGAGCUUUGCUUGAUCUCGGCAUCUAUUCCUUAACCUGGGUGUUCCAAACACUUUACCACACGCUUCCCAAGGAAGCAAGAAAGCCUCCCUCGCGCGUCUCCGCUCACAUCACACCUUAUCACCUCACCGGCGCAGACGAGGCAACCACGAUCCUUCUAUCUUUCCCGACAACCACGCCCGCAAAUGCCACCCACCCAGGUGAAUCCCAAGCUAUCGCGACAACGCACCUCCGUGUAUGGACCGACCCCGACGAGACCAAUGCCGCUCGACCUGCGAUCCGUAUCCAGGGCACGAAGGGUGAGAUUCAGGUUGAUGGACCUGCGUUCCGGCCAACCGCGUACCGUAUUAUUCCUCAGAAAGGGGAGGGCGAGAUCAAGGAGAAGAGGUUUACGUUCCCGUCUGAUGGGAGGGGCAUGUAUUAUGAGGCAGAUGAGGUGGCGAGGUGCUUGAGGGAUGGGAAGUUGGAGAGCGAUACGCUAUCUUUGGAGGAGAGUAUCGUGAUCAUGGAUGUAAUGGACGAGGCGAGGAAGCAGAAUGGCUUGACUUAUCCGGAGAAUAUUGAGUCGACUGUCUAUCCUACGCAGCUGUAA